CACACAGAGACACCUGUAUACACACACACACACACACACACAGGCACGCAUACACACAGACAUGUACAUACAUACACAUGUACAUGCACACACACAUACAUGUACAUACACGCACAUACACAGACCCCUAUAAAAAGUUGCAGUACUUCCUUGUUCACUCACAGAGCUGGGUACUGCACUCUAGGGGGAAGCAGAGAGCACAGCACACACUCCUUCCUUUGCUUUCACUGCGCUCAGCUAUUGAGCAGUCUGACGGCUCCCAGUGCCACUGACAGAUCCGGCCUGAGCUCCAAGCCUGCUCAGCAAGACGGCCCUGGGGGACACACUCGCCCCCACCAUAAUUUCCAUUCGCCAUUAGCGAGCAGGCGAGUGGAAAUUUCAAGGCCUGCCAUAAACUGUACUAGGUGU